AGCAGCAGCAGCAGCAGCAGCAAUAGCCAGAGGCAGAGCCACUAGUGAUCUGCUGUUUGUUUGUACCGUGUACGAUCACCACAGACGCGUAGAUGCUGGUGAGGCUAUGAUGUGAUUAGCGAUCAUCGUACAGCUACGUUGGAGGCAAAUAUAACAAGAAAAAAUAUCCCAGUGUUGGAGAAAGAAGAUUUGUGUGAACGGAGGAAGCUUUACGUGUUAGAUAAGCCCACUGAUUGUUGCAAAACCCCGCGACUUGGCAGUGCAGGAGGCGUGAGGUGUCCCUGCAACGCCCACUGCUUGGAGGUCACUUGUUACAAGAUCUCGACGCGUCAGGUGGUAUUAUGAUCUGCCAGGAGCAGCUGCACUCAGCGGAUGGUGAGGAGAACAAGCUUCCCAGCGAGGUGGUGGUGGUGGUGGUUUCUAGAGGCCAGCAGCGGACUGUCUCUACCUUGACCUGGCCAGAAAUAGCUUGGAGAAGACAUUUUUAAACUCAUUCGAAGCUUAAUGACAGACGAUUUAUAUACUCAAUUGCUUCAACUUGUGUGGCAAUUAAGUCAUCAGCGUCACAUUUAACUACCAACAAUACCUACAUAGCGCGGGCAAGAGUACAGCCCAUUCUUUGCCUUUGCCUCCGUGAAAGAUAGAAGUUGCACGGUGUGAAUCAAGAAAUAUAAGACAGAUACUCUUAUCCACGGAAAAGUAUAUAUAGUAAUAAUCCAUCGCUAUGAAGCUGCUUCCAGAGUCCUCGGGUUUCGAGGCGAUCAACAGCGCCCUUAAUAUUGAGACAGUUGAUGCUAGCAUUAUGGGAAGGCUAGAGAGCUAUUCCUGCAAGAUGGUGGGUCAGGAGAAGGCAUUGUAUAAACGGUUCCACAGUUUCUCUGGCUUGAGUGACAUGCAAGCUCUCUCACCACCACAGUCUAUGAUGGAAGCCUCUUCUCCUCACUCUCAUGCUAAGAGUUCGCAAAGCAGUGGAGGUGAGGAUAGUCCACUGGCUGACAAAAUCAACCGCAAGACUCUCUUCUACCUCAUCUCCACCUUGAAUGCAGCGUUUUAUCCAGACUAUGACUUCAGCAAUGCCUCUUCUCAGGAGUUUUCUCGGGAGCCAUCUGUUGAGUGGGUGAUGCGCACAGUUCAGAAGCAGAUGAUGGCUGUUGCCAGAGCAGAAUUUAUGGCAGUUGAGUCAGAGCUUUGGGCCGCCUUGGACAGUGCCAUUUGUCUGCGCGAGUGUGAGAUUUACUCCUACAAUCCUGAUCAGACAUCUGAUCCAUACUCAGAGGAUGGGUGCCUUUGGUCCUUCAACUACUUCUUCUACAACUCCAGAUUGAAGCGUAUUGUAUUCUUUACAAUGCGGUCUGUAUCCCAGUACUGUGCCACACCCCUUGACACAGGGAUGAUUGGAAACAGUUGCAUGGACUUUGAAGAUGAUGAUUAGGAAAUUUGAGAAGCUGUAAUGAUCUUAAGGCUUUUUUUUUUUUUGUCAUAACAAAUGAGGAUCAUGAUGAUAUGGCCCUAAUUGAUAAUUAUUUUUGCUUAUCAUCUGAAAUGUAUUAAGUAAGACUGAGCCAGCUUGAUGAAGAAAGGGUUACUGAAGGGUUGUAAAACUUGGUAGAAAAUUUUUUUCAGUAAUUAGAAAAAUGCUGACUCUUAAAUUAUUUUGUGUAUUUGAAGGCAGAAAUUCUGAUCCCUAAAACAUUAGGGUACAGCUGCAAGUGAUGACUUAGGGAAUAUCAGGGUGCAGUAAUAACCAAUCCUGCACACUAUUCUAUACUGCUAUAUGAUUUUGGUGGGUGACAUGUGCCUUUAGG